AUGCUGCAAUCUUUACAAACGGCUGUGCGCCAAUCCCGCUCGGAGUGGCCUGAUCUCACAAGUCUGCACUCGCUGCCUCCAAGCCCUGCUGCCAUUACCGAUUGUGCCGUUCAGUUGGCACUGCGUGAAGCCCGGCUAUUCCACGCGGCCCUGACCACGGCUUCCACAGCUGAAACACAGGAUCAGGCCAGAGAAAAAAGAAUAUCACCCAGUCCGGAAGAAGUGGCUUCCAAGAAUGCCCAGGUAUUGGAGCAAACGAGCCAGAUUUCCGACUUGCGUCAGCGUCUGCAGCGCAAGCAAUGGCUCGUUGAGCAGCAGAAGGGCAAGCUGGCCAAACUCGAGCCCGAGCUUCUGCAAUCCGCGGAAACAGUUAAGAAGCUGGAGGAGCGUUUGGCGCGCGCUCAAGGCCGCCUUGAGACAGCGACCAAUCGCGCUAGCACGCAUGACCAAGAGGUGAAAAAACUCACUAUGCAGGUCAAUGAGCUGCAAGAGGCAGGCGAUCAGCUGGAGGCUUUGCAAGUUGAAAAAAAAUCGUUACAGCGGCGUGUAAAGCGAUUGCAAGAACAGGUGUCUCAGCUAGCUGCACAGCGAGCGCAGGCUGAGACACACAACGAUGAAGUGCAGCGAGCGCUGGAUGAGUGUCGAGCUGACCAAGUGCGGAUGCGCAAGCGCUUGGCGGCCCAACAGCGCGAGCAUGAGCAAGCCAGUCGGGCUGCCAUCGAGGGCCAAUUGCAGCAGCUGGCGCAAACGCGUGAGGCGGAAGGACCGACGGGCCCAACCCCCUUUCAUUCGACUUGGCGCGAUCCCUACCAUCCGCGCAACGGGUCUGCCAGUGAGCAGCCACCCCUGGGUGAUGGAGAACUGGCCGAUAUCCUUCACGCCUUGGGAGGCCGAUAG